GAGAGCCUGGAGUACAUCUUCCUCAUCAUCUUCUCCAUCGAGUGUUUCCUGAAGAUAGUUGCGUAUGGAUUUCUCUUCCAUGCGGACGCGUACUUACGGAACUGCUGGAAUAUUCUGGACUUUGUUUGCGUGUCUGUUGGUCUCCUCGUCCAUGAUGUAGGAGGCCAGUGGCGGGCCGCUGUUCUCCGCCAUUGUAACUCCAACAGAGUAUCAAUCCCAAGGCUAUAG